GCUUGUGAUGGCGUCCGAGGUGUUGCGGCAAUUUCGAAGAGAGUAGCCAGUUUUGAAAAUUUUGACAACGGUCUUAAAAAUGGCAGAUAAUCAGCAAAGUAGAUUCGAAAAAUCUCUUGGUUUAUUGACUACUCGAUUCGUUACUCUCUUACAAAAGGCGAAAGACGGCAUUCUCGAUUUAAAAGUCGCCGCAGAUAUUCUAGAAGUUAGACAAAAAAGACGCAUUUAUGACAUUACUAAUGUCCUUGAGGGAAUAGGUCUUAUAGAAAAGAGAAGUAAAAAUAGUAUCCAAUGGAAAGGGGCUGGUCCUGGUUGUAAUACGCAAGAAGUUGGUGAAAAAUUGACAGAAAUUAAAGAUGAACUUAAAAAAUUAGAAGAUCAUGAACGUCUACUGGAUAAGCAUACGCAGUGGAUUCAACAGAGUAUAAAAAAUAUAGAGAGUGAUUUAAUUAAUAAAAAGUAUGCUUAUAUUUCUUAUGAAGAUGUUAAAGAAAAUUUUCCCGAUGACUUUGUGUUAGGAAUUCAAGCACCACCAGAUACUGAAUUGACUGUGCCAAAUAUGAAUCAGGUAAUAAAUGACGAAGAAAGAGACACAAAUUAUGAAAUGUUAUUAAAAAGUAAUUCAGGUGAAAUCAAGGUAUACAUGAUUCAGCCGGAAUUAGCGAAAGCUUAUGAUAAUAAGGUAUUAGAAAUGAGGUUGCAAGAAGAAACAAAAGGUAUGAAGAGAGUGAAAGAAGAAGACGAGAAGAAAGAGGAUAGCAACAUUAAACCAAAGAGGAAAGUGGGAAGACCACCGAAAGGUAACAGUAAGCAUAGUUCUACGUUAUCUGAUGAAGAAGAUGAAGAUGAUCCAGAAAUGAUAGAGGCUAAGAUAGUUCUUCGCGAUGUAAAUACAUCUGACAUAAUUCAAGGGGAAAUUGAAAUACUUGACCAAAUAUGUUCUGAUAUCUGUGGUCCGCUUGUCAGAUUAAGCCCACCACCAGGAGAUAAAGAUUAUGCAUUUAAUCUUAGUGAUAAUGAAGGGAUAUUUGAUUUAUUUGACAUUACAGCGAUAUGAACACUACGUUUUUUAGUAGUUUUAAUUUUUUACUAAAAAUAGUAAAAAUCAAUGGACAACUUAGGCAAUUGAAUCUUCAUAACACAUCAGUGAAAUUAUUCUAACAUUAUUAAUAUUGAUGCUGGUAUGCAGUGUAUAUAAUUUUAAAUAAUGGAUGUAAAAUCAUAAAUAUUAGAAUAUGCAGUAUUUUUUUAUCAUCUAAAAUGAAUGCAAAGUGAUCAAAAAAAUCUCUAAAAAAAUUACUUAAUACACAUUGUCUAUUUAAAAAUUAUUCUGGAAAAUUAAUUACAUGAAAUUUAUAUUUAUACUUAUGCUGAAUUCGAUUUAUUAAUAUUAUUUUAUUUUGUUUAAACAUUGUAUAAAACAGCGUUUCUCGAACUUUUCAGAGAACACUUCAUAAAUUCUGAAAUUUUAAAAGAACGCCAUAGUUAUUUUAUAGGGUAGGCUAAUAAUAAAUAAAUGAAGCCAAUUAAUAUAUGAGUUAUAUAAGAAAAAAAAAACAUUUAAUUUUAAAUUUUAAGUAAAUUAUUUUAAAGUAAAAUAAACUUGUAUGGAAUGUGGUUUGGGAAACGCUAGUAUAAGGAAGCAUUUUUGAGUUUUGAAGUAUAAUCAUGAGUUAACGAUUUUUUAAUCGAGUAUUAUUAUUAUUUUAUGUUAAUAAAAAUCUACGUAUGAAGUUUUGUUUUAUUUUCAAUAGAAUUAUUUGGAUCCAUGUAAAUAUAAAUGAGACAAUAUAUUGUAAUGAAAAAUGUACAUAAUAUGUAAUAAUUACAGAGAUUUUAGCAUUUCUAACUUUUAUAUAUUUUGAUAUCUAUAAAUAAUUAUCAAGUUAUAUUUUUUGUAUAAUAUUGUUCAUAAAAUAGAGGAUAAAAAGAUAUAUUUGGAUACUAUUGUAAAAAUAUAAUAUUGUAAAAAUGAAACGUUAAUAUUUGAACUG